AUGGACGGAAGACGGGAUGCAGCCGCUCCUCCAAAGAAGCGCAUCAGAAAGCCCCGCGGCCGCGGCUUGCGCACCAAGACGGGCUGCUUGACCUGCCGCGAGCGGCACAAGAAAUGCGAUGAAAAACAGCCGCUCUCUCAGGAUGCCGCGGGCAGACAGGCGAGCCCAUCUGUCUCCGUCACCGAGCCCCCACGGACGCGUUACCGCCGCGUCGUGGAGACUCAAACUCAGUCUCGCGUAGAUGAGGCUACCCGCAACGACUCAACCACGGUGCCCGAGUCGGUGACCACACCCGCGUCACUCGUUACGCAGGUCACCGUCACCGCCGCGGCCGCGGCGCCUCCGGUCACCCAGCCGGCAUCCGACUUCAACCCGACUCAGCCGCCGUACGUCACCCAGCCGCCCACCUCGGCGGGUCUCACCUUCGGAGAUGUCAAUGUGUACAGCUAUUCCCCCGAGACGGUCGCAUCCGAGCUGUGGACCACCGACUUGGCCUCGACCCGAUGGCUCGGUCUGCUCGCUACGGACGCCGCCCAGGCCGACAGCGGCUUCUCUCUGGCUCCCAGUCCUGCGCCGGAGGAUGAGGACCAGCGACGCGCCGCGACUGUGCAUGGCCCGCCUGACGCGGGCAAACUCUCGUCUCGGCUGCGCGAGGUCUCGGACCCGGAGCGGAAGACUUGGCAAGCUGAUCGGGCCAUCACGCUGACCAACCACGAGGCCGUUCUCUUCCGGCAUUUCACGGAGCGAUCGUCGCGUUGGCUCGAUUUCUUGGAUCCUCACAAGCUCUUCUCCACUUAUGCGGUGCGCUUAGCCCUGCGGAAUGCAGGUCUCAUGAAUGCCAUCUUGGCUCUGUCUGCCAAGCAUCUCUCCAAGCUGGAGGGGGCGCUGUCGGGGUUGGCUCCGGCCGACGCGAGUCCUGCGCACGACUCCGGCGGGGAGUGGAUACGGUACUACUAUGAGACCCUCCGCUACGUCCAAGAGGCCCUGGCUUACACCAGCUACACAAAUUCGGAAGAACUAAACGCCACGGCUCUCAUCAUCUCGGCGUAUGAGAUGCUGGACGAGUCUGAUGGCAGAGGCAACUGGCAAAGACACCUCAAGGGCGUCUUCUGGAUCCAGCGGUCUCAGGAUGUCAAUGGCUGUUCUGGUGGUCUGCGACAGGCCGUCUGGUGGGCCUGGCUUCGGCAAGAUAUUUGGGCGGCCUUUCGUGAGAAAAGACGCUGCCUAAGUUUUUGGGCGCCGUAUAAAGACUACUCUGAACUAGACCAGCACGAGCUGGCCCACAUGGCCAUCUACUUGCUGUCGCAGGCUGUGAACUUCUGUGCAGACUCUCGUAUGGCCGAGACCUCACCUCUGUCGGAUGCAGCAGCAAGCAGAGUUCGCGCUGGCAACGAGCUGCUCGCGAACUUGGAGCGGUGGAGGGCAUAUCUGGGCAGCGAGUUCAAACCGCUUCCAACAUCAACAGACCAUUGCGACGUCUUUGCUCCCCUCUGGGUGCACCCACCUCAGUUCGGCGUGGCCUUGCAAGCCUACUGCUUCGCGCGGAUACUCAUCCUUCUCCACAGCCCAAUGCCAUCUGGGUUCAACGGAUUUCUGAAAAUGCAGAGGUCCCUUUCCGAGGCCGUCGACAUGAUUUGCGGCAUAGCUAUGGAGCUGAAAGACGAAGGCUGCCAGGUUCUGUCGGCGCAGUGCCUUUACGGGGCGGGGCUCUGCGUUCAAGAACCGGUCAAGAGAGAAAAGAUUCUGUCCUUGAUGGAGCAGAGCGAAGAACGGGUCGGCUGGACGCCAAUGGCAACCUGGCGAGACGACCUCAGACAGGCGUGGAUAGACGCUGACGUGAAGAGCCCAGAUGCUACCCGUUGA